AUGGGGAGGGUCCGACCCCAGCGCGGAGAUUUGGGGCCGAAAACGUCGGAUUUGGGGUCGGAGACGCGGCGGGAGAUGAAAAACGCCCAGCUCAGACCCAAACCCCGCGGAUCUGAGCCCAAAGCUGAGGCCCUGCCCCCCGCUCUGGCCGGGGCUGAUAAGGGCCCCCGGCCCCGCCCGGCCCCCCCAGUCCAACCGCCGGGGCCCCAAAAUCUGAUAAGGCCUUAUCAGCCCCGGGCAGCCCCGGGGCCGUUACCGCCCCCCAAACCCCAAAGUCCCCGAAACGCCCCGAAAGCCCCAAAAUCCCCCGCGGGCCUCGGCUCCCGGCGCGCCAGGCACCCCCCGAGCCGGGUUUGGGGGUCCCCCAUGGAUUUUGUGGCACUGGGGGGGCCGGAGGGGCCCCCCCCGUUCCCCGACGAGGCCGGAGCCUUCCUGGGGCUGGGGGCGCCCGAGGGGCUGGAGCCGGGGGGGCUGCUGGGACCCUUCCCCCCGCCAGGCCGCCUGUCCCUGGUGCCCUGGGCCGAGGGGGCCCUGGGGGGUCCCUCCUGGCCCCCUCCCCCCCCGGAGCCCCCUCGGUUCCUGGAGCUGCUGCAGCCCCCGCGGAGCCCCCCCCCCACGGGACCCCCCCUGCCGCCCGCGGGGCCCCCCUGCGAGGCGCGCGAGUGCGUGAACUGCGGGGCCACGGCGACGCCGCUGUGGCGCCGGGACGGCACCGGGCACUACCUGUGCAACGCCUGCGGGCUUUACCACCGCCUCAACGGGCACAACCGGCCCCUCAUCCGCCCCAAGAAGCGCCUGCUGGUGAGCAAACGUGCCGGCACCGUCUGCAGCAACUGCCAGACCAGCACCACCACGCUGUGGCGGCGCAGCCCCCGCGGGGACCCCGUGUGCAACGCCUGCGGGCUCUACUACAAACUGCACCGGGUGAGCCGGCCGCUGACGAUGCGCAAGGACGGGAUCCAGACCCGCAACCGCAAGGUCUCGGCCAAGGGCAAGAAGCGGCGCCAGGGGGGGGGCGCCGGCCCCGGGGGGGUCCCCGAAACCUCGGUGGGGCCCCCCCUGCCCCCCCCCGCGCCCCCCCAGCCCCCACCCGAAGACCCGGCCGCGCUCUUCGCCCUCGGGCCCCUCGUCCUGUCCGGGCACCUGCUGCCCUUCCCCCCCCCCGCCACGCCCUUCCUGGGGGGCGACUUUGUGGCCCCCCCCGGCCCUGGCGCGGCCCCCCCCGGGCUCAGCCCGCAGCUCUGACGGGGUCCCAGUACAGCCCGGUACCGAACGGA